UGUCUGUUCAAGUACAAAGUAAACGACAAAAAGGUCGCGUUACUUUUCCAAUAUUCACUUUUUAUUAUACUUUACCUAAAUGACGACUAAUUCAUUAAGAAAUAAUGUCAUGAAUAUUUAUGCUUAAAAUUCAUUCAGCUACAAGUGUUUAGUAUGCAUUUAACUUACAAUAAUGGAAAACUCAUGAAAUACUUGUAUUUUAGUUUUCUAUAUAUCUUGUAUUCAGCAAAUGAGCAAACUGAACCAAUAAGAGAUUCAUCACGUGACAGGAGACAUAACAUUGUGGUUUUCUACAGUAGUAGGACUGAAAUUCAUCAGUAUAUAAAUUAUGUACACAAUUCUAUAUUGUCAUGUACUUAUGUAAAUAUAUAUACAUAGCUUACUCCACGUGAUUUUACUGUCGGCUGAAUAAGGUUAUGUCCUUUUAAAACAUACAGUCCUUUAUUUACUGUGUGUUUAUGUUUUAUUAAUUAUUAUAUAUAACACUAAUAUUGUAAAUAACGAUGUCAAAAAAAAAGCAAAGCGAUUUAAAUGCAUGGAAACCUUUAGCUCUAGACGGUUCUGUAUUCUCGGGCGGUAUUGAUGGUUUAAUUGGUGUAGAAGAACUGACUAAUUAUAAAUUAGAAAAAGAAAGUAACACAACAAAAAUUGUAAUUUGUGACGCUGGAGAUGAAACUAGAAAGUGCAAGGUAUCUACAAAACGAAAAAGUUCAAAUAAAUGGCAAGAAGAUAAUAUACAUGAUAAUAAAUCAGUAUUAAAGAAAGCAAAAUUUAAAAACAAUAAAGAUAAUGAUCUUAAAAGAAAGAAAAAGAAAAAAGUAUCAAAUCAAAUUGUACAAAAUGAUUUAGACUGUAACUCUGAUGAUCAGCUUUGCAGUCAAAAUAAUGACAUUGAAAGUAUAGAUAGUAUCAAUGUACAAGCAUGGAGUACAUUAGGAGUGCCUGAUAUUAUAAUAAAAGCAUUAAAAGAUCAGCAAUUUCAUUCGCCUACUACUAUUCAAAUGUUAACUUUGCCACCAGCAAUAUUAGGUCAUAGAGAUAUAUUAGGGGCUGCUGAAACAGGUAGUGGAAAAACAUUAGCUUUUGGAAUUCCCAUAAUAAAUGGUAUUUUAGAGUUGAAAAGCAAACAAAUCAAUGAACCUAAUAUAAAUUCUAAAAAGAAAUCAAGUAAUAAUAUAAUAAAUAAAGGUUGGAUUUGUGCGGAAAGUGAAACUGUUGAAGAUGACAAUAGUUCUUUAGAAUCUGAUUAUGAAGAGAAUGAUGAUACUAGAAAUAGCAUUAAUUGUGUUCGAGUCAUUAAUAAUGUAGAAAUGAAUGAACCACAGAAUUAUAUACAAAAGCCUUUAUAUGCAUUAAUUUUAACACCAACUCGUGAAUUAGCUGUUCAAAUAAAAGAUCAUCUGACUAAAGCAGCAAAAUAUACUGACAUUAAAAUAGCAAUAGUAUUGGGUGGAAUGGCCGAAGUCAAACAACAGAGAAUAUUAAGUAAAGGUCCUGAAAUUGUAAUUGCCACACCUGGUAGAUUAUGGGAAUUAAUACAGACAGGUAAUCCCCAUCUGAAUCAAGUGGAUUCCAUUAAGUAUUUAGCCAUUGAUGAAACAGAUAGAAUGUUAGAAAAAGGUCAUUUCCAAGAAUUGCAGCAACUACUGGAAAAAAUAAAUAUGAAUGAAAAUAUGUUACAAAAAAGACAAACAUUCGUCUUUUCUGCUACAUUAACAAUGGUCCAUGAUAUUCCACAGUAUUUGCAAAAAAAGAAAAGAAAUCGGUCUAAAAGUCGAAUAUCUAAGAUGACAUCUGACCAGAAAUUACAAAAAAUUAUAGAUUUAAUUGGAAUAAAAAAUCCAAAAAUUGUAGAUAUUACAAAAGAAUCAGGUACUGCCAGUAGUUUGACAGAAUGUAGAAUAGUGUGCACAAUAGAUCAUAAAGAUUAUUAUCUUUAUUACUUUCUAAAACGGUAUACUGGUAGGACAUUGGUAUUCUGUAAUAGUAUUGGUUGCGUGAAACGAUUAGCUACUCUUUUUGGUAUACUUGGUUGCAGACCUUUACCAUUGCAUGCUAGCAUGCAACAAAGGCAACGAUUGAAAAAUCUGGAGAGAUUUCAGGUAGAUGAAGAUGGAUUAUUAAUAGCUACGGAUGUAGCUGCAAGAGGUUUGGAUAUACCAAAUGUAGAACAUGUAAUACAUUAUCAAGUGCCCAGAACCAGUGAAAGCUAUGUACACAGGAGUGGGAGAACUGCAAGAGCUCAGAGAGAAGGUAUAACAGUCCUUAUGAUGGAACCAUCUGAGAAACAAUAUUAUACCAAAUUGUGUAAAACGCUCGAUCGCACGGAAGAUUUACCCGUAUUUCCGGUAGUAGAUAAGUUACUUAUUGCAGUCAAAGAAAGGGUUAAUAUUGCCAGAGAUAUUGAUAAAUUGGAAUUAAAAAGUCGUAGAAAUAAUUCUCAAAAGGGAUGGCUACGGAAAGCGGUAGAAGAUAUGGAAUUGGUUUUAGAAGAGGACGAAGAGGAUUUAGAAUUAGAAACGAAAGAAAUGGCAGACUUAAAGCGCCAAUUAAAAAUGAAAAAGCGUCAAUUGGAUUCUCUUCUAUCAAAACCACUGUUUCCAAAAGGAUAUUCUGGGAAGUAUUUCAACAAUAAUAUUGAGUUUAAGUUAGCAGAUACCACUGAGAAAGCUGUUGAUAUUAUGAAAAAGGUUAUAAAAGAAUUUCCUCGGAAACAAAAAGAAAAAAAUAAGUUGUUGAAUAAAAAGAAGACCUUUUCGAAGAACAACAUUUUAAAAAAGAAAACGGUGAAGAAAGCAUAGGGUGUAUUUCCUUAACAAGGUAAAAUGGUCAGAAAUAAAUAUUUCAUAUGUCUGUACGUAUCUAUUUUAUUGUCUACAUUCGGUUUUCUGUGUAAUUAUUCAUAUUUCGCGUCGCAUUAACUGGAAUAAGUUUUGAAAAAGGGUCACUUCAGUUUUUUUCCCCCAAAAGUUUUCAUAAUUCUGUCUUAAGAACAAUAUUCACAUUGAUUUUAGAAACAACUAACCGCGCGUUCCUUAAAAGUCACAUCGGUCUCAUUGUAAUUGUUAGUACGUAUGGCAGAGGUAUGUGCAUGCAAUCAUUACCAUUUCUACAAUGUUACGUGUAGCUCCGUGGUAUUUAUUAUAUAAUAUAAUACAGAUUGAAUUGCGCGUCGAUUAAAACGAUCAACGGGUUUUCCGAUCAUCAAACACAGCCGGUUUACUUAAUAGUAAUAACAAACUCUUCUUGCUCAGAACACCGUAUUGUAAAUAACUUCGUCCUCCGUGCUGAUAAUCGAGUCGAUUCGCUCGUUUGCCAUCAUCGAGUUCAUGUAUCUAUCGUUACUGAUCUUAUUCGGUAGGUCUACGGCCGAAUCGCGUCCUUUCACCACUAUUUUAAUUCUGGCCAUCACGUGGCUCCCGGGACACUUUUGAACUUGCGCGGCCGCGUUCUCGCAGAUUUCCGCGUAAAUGUCGUCGGCUUUGGUCCUGGUCAAUUUGGGAAGGGAUGGCACGGGUGUAA